CACAAUUAAUGCAAACAUCACUUCAGACUAUAUUUUGUUAAUCAUAUGAAACGAGUGCUAAAAGUGUUGUCAAAUAAAUAGACAUCAAUUGAGUGGUUGCGCGAAGAGUUGGUCUCAUACUGACAUCGAGUGUCCGUUUGAGACAAAGAGUUAUCAAUUGAUUGAAUAGUGAUUAAGGAGACAAUCAGUGACCAUGAGUGAGAGCAAGGCCAAUUUGCGUAACUAUCAGAUCCAGUUACAACAGGUGGAGUCGGCCCUCACAACCGACCCGGACAACCAGGAACUCACGAAACUCAAGGAAGACCUACUCGAAGUGAUAGCACUGACCAAACAGUUGAUGGCCAGUGAGGGCGAGUCUGAAGGCAACAGUUCCUCCAAUAACGCGACAAAUAGUGAAACGAGUCAUAUCUUUGAAGCCGGAGAUCACUGUUUGGCGCCACUCAGCGAAGAUGGACAGUUCUAUGAGGCGAGAGUAGAGGACAUCACAUCCGACGGUCAGUGCACUGUAGUCUUCAAACACCGCAAAGUGUCUGAAGUAUGUUUGGUGUCACUACUGAAGCCAAUCGGCAAAAAGCGCAGCAAAGCGUCAGUAAAUCCAAAUCCGACCCAAUCUUUCGGUGACACUAGACUUAAGAGACAAGCGGUGACCGAACAGAAGGAAUACCUUAAGAAGAAGCAGCAGAAGAAGAAGGAGAGACUCAAAGACUUGGAGGAAGAGCGAGAGAAGGAUAAAGUGAAGUGGCAGUCAUUCAACACUAAAGCGUUUAAUAAGAACCUGAAGGGCGCCACCAAAAAGAGUAUCUUUGCAUCGCCUGAAUCCGUGUCCGGGAGAGUAGGCGUUGGGACUUGUGGUGUGGGCGGGAAACCAAUGACUGAAUUCACUCAUCAGGAGAAGUGGAAGAAAGCGGCCGGUUCUUCAGGUAUGGCAGGUAUGGUGUCUGGCCCUAUGCUGUCUGGCCCUCCCUCACGACUCGCACACAAUCAUAGAUAUAAAUAAAUCGAUAUAUCUUUUGUAAAUUAUAUGCAUUUUUAUUACUAAUAUUUUCAUUUCAAAUCUGUCG